AAACAAGGAAAUGAAGGGGGGAGGCGGGAUUGGGGGUGUCUGCUGGAGCUGCCGCCACCGCCGCGGAGGAGGAGGAGGAGGUGGCUGCGGGGACCGCCGAGGAAUCCCCUGCUGAAGGCGGGAGGAGGAGGAGGGACUGAGCGGCGGCCCCCGCGUCCCGGUGCCUCUAUGGGGGAAGCAGACAAUGGAUUAUGAUUUCAAGGCGAAGCUGGCGGCGGAGCGGGAGCGGGUGGAGGAUUUGUUUGAGUACGAAGGGUGCAAAGUGGGACGCGGCACCUACGGGCACGUCUACAAGGCGAGGCGGAAAGAUGGAUUCCAGGAGGGCUUCGUGUAUGGACCUCAAGCGUUGGAGGUUGCAGACUUUUCAGCAGAAGAAUUGUUUGCAUCAAGCGUUUUUCAGAACACAGUAUCUCAGAUGGAAAGAAAAGAUGAAAAGGAAUAUGCAUUGAAGCAAAUUGAAGGCACAGGAAUAUCCAUGUCGGCUUGUAGAGAGAUUGCACUUUUGCGAGAAUUGAAGCACCCCAAUGUGAUCGCAUUGCAGAAGGUGUUCCUUUCUCACAGUGACAGGAAGGUGUGGCUGCUGUUUGACUAUGCAGAACAUGAUUUGUGGCAUAUUAUUAAGUUUCACCGUGCAUCAAAAGCAAAUAAAAAGCCCAUGCAGUUGCCAAGAUCUAUGGUUAAAUCAUUACUUUAUCAGAUUCUUGAUGGUAUCCAUUACCUCCAUGCAAAUUGGGUGCUUCACAGAGAUCUGAAACCAGCAAAUAUCCUAGUAAUGGGAGAAGGUCCUGAGAGGGGGAGAGUCAAAAUAGCUGACAUGGGUUUUGCCAGAUUAUUCAAUUCUCCUCUAAAGCCACUAGCAGAUUUGGAUCCAGUAGUUGUGACUUUUUGGUAUCGGGCUCCAGAACUUUUGCUUGGUGCAAGGCAUUAUACAAAAGCCAUUGAUAUAUGGGCAAUAGGUUGCAUAUUUGCUGAAUUGUUGACUUCAGAGCCCAUUUUUCACUGUCGUCAGGAAGAUAUAAAAACAAGCAAUCCCUUUCAUCAUGAUCAACUCGAUCGGAUAUUUAGUGUCAUGGGAUUUCCUGCAGAUAAAGACUGGGAAGAUAUUAGAAAGAUGCCAGAAUACCCCACACUUCAAAAGGACUUUAGAAGAACAACAUAUGCCAACAGUAGCCUCAUAAAGUACAUGGAAAAACACAAGGUCAAGCCUGACAGCAAAGUGUUCCUCUUGCUUCAGAAACUCCUAACUAUGGAUCCAACUAAGAGAAUCACCUCAGAACAAGCUCUGCAGGAUCCCUAUUUCCAGGAGGACCCCUUGCCAACCUUGGAUGUGUUUGCUGGCUGCCAGAUUCCAUACCCCAAACGAGAAUUCCUAAAUGAAGAUGAACCUGAAGAGAAAGGUGAUAAGAAUCAGCAACAGCAACAGAACCAACAUCAGCAGCCCACGGUCCCUCCAGCACAGACAGCAGCCCCUCCGCAGGCGCCCCCUCAGCAGCAGAGCAGCACCCAGACCAACGGGACUGCAGGAGGGGCCGGGGCCGGGGCCGGGGCCGGGGGCACUGCAGCAGGGCUGCAGCACAGUCAGGACUCCGGCCUCAACCAGGUGCCUCCCAGCAAGAAGCCACGGCUGGGGCCUUCAGGCGCAAACUCAGGCGGGCCUGUCAUGCCGUCAGAUUAUCAGCACUCCAGUUCUCGCCUGAAUUACCAAAGCAGUGUUCAGGGAUCCUCGCAGUCCCAGAGCACACUAGGCUACUCCUCCUCAUCUCAGCAGAGCACCCAGUACCACCCAUCUCACCAGGCCCAUCGGUACUGACUCCCGCAGCCCAGAGCAGACUCCAGCAAUAUGAUGUCCGCAUUGAAGAGAACCAAAAAUGCAAAAACUGUGAUGCCAUGUAAAACUUACCCAUGUGGGAGGAAGACUGUAUUCUGAGCAUCUUGCAGGACUGAUGUCUCUUCUCUAUUGACUUACAGAAGAUUUUUGUGAAGUUUCCCCAGCACCCUUUCCCUGCAUGUGUUCAUCGUGACUUCUCUGAUCGGGCGUCUGAUCCAAUCCCAGCACUUACCUUCUGUGACCUUCAGCAUUCUUUUGAAGGAUUUCCUGGUGCACCUUUCUCGUGCUGUAGCAAUCACUAUGAUUUAUCUUUUCAAAGCUCUUUUAAUAGGAUUUUAAUGUUCUAGAAUCAGGACUCCAGUGGUGUAAAGUUUUAUACUUCAUCAGCUAACCUAGCAACACAGGUAAAAACGUACCUUUUAAAGCACUACGUUGUUUUCACAAAAUAGAACUGUUUUGCUCAUGGAAGUCUUAAACAGAAAUUGUUACUGUCCCAAAGUACUUUACUAUUAUGUUUUUAUUUAUCUAGUUUCAGGGAAGGUCUAAUAAAAAGACAAGUGGUGGGACAGAGGGAGCCUACAACCAAAAACAGCCUACAUCUUCGCAGUUAGUAUGCUUCAUGCAAUGAAGCACCGAAGUGUGUGAUGGUUUUUAUGUAAUCAUUUACAUGGAACUUAGUUCCCAGAAUCAUCUUAUCCUGAACAGUAGUCAGUAAUGAAGAAUUAUAAAUUUAACUUCCUGUAGCUAAGUCUGCGUUAAAAGGGUUUUGAGAGCUUUGAUGAAAUGCAGUCCUCUGGUGACCCGCACCAGAGAGCUGAAGAGAACAUUAACUGCACUAGGAUUCUUUAAGGAGCAAUGCUGAUCAGAGGAUGUAUUACUUUCCUUUGAAGGAAAAGCUUCUAGUGUGUAUUGUACAUAAAGUUGGCUUCUCUAAAGAGCUGUUGGUUUCUUCACAUGUGGGCCAUCUUGAGUAACUUUCUUACAUAAUCAAGGGUACUCGACAGAAGCCUGCCAAUGAAUCUGCUUUUAAAAUAAAGAGCAGUGUUCUCCAUUCGUAUUUGCAUUAGAUAUAGAGUGACUAUUUUUAAGGCAUGUUAAAAAUUUAGGUUUUAUUCAUGUUUAAAGUAUGUAUUAUGUAUGCAUAAUUUUGCUGUUGUUACUGAAACAUAAUUCUAUCAAGAAUCUUUUCAUUGCACUGAAUACUUUCUUUUGCCCCUAGGGGAAAACUAAUAAUUGUGCCUAAAAAACUAUGGGCAGAUAGUAUACAACUAAACUAGAUAAAGUGCAUAUUUGCAUUUCCAUGAUCUAUGAAUUAGAGGCCGAGUUCUUUCUCAGUCAGUGUAAAGAACCCCUCACUCCCCAGAGUCACAAAGAAAUGUAGACUUAGAGCUCUCGUUGUAAUGUAAGGGACAGGACAUUUGUGUUCUCUGAAUGCUACUAGCAGCACCAGCCUUGUUUUAAACGUUUUCUUAGCUAGAAGAAAUAGCUGAUUGUUGUAUAUGCAAGUUAUAAGCAUUUUUUUACUAUUCUUUAUGAACUUAUCUACCUGGUUAUAUACUCUGGGUCCAUACACAAGUAACAUAAGACUUUAGACAGAAGCCAGUAUAUAUUUUGCACUAUUGAUGUGAUCCUGUAGCCAGCAAGGACCUUACUGAUUUCAGCAUAAUAAUGCUUAUUAAUAAUAAAGACUAUAUAGUGAUGCUCACCAACACUGACACAGUUGCAUGCAUGCUCCAUUGGAAGGAAUUUCUGAUUGUCUCUAUGGUAAUUUACCCCUUCCGUUUUCAAAAUGAAAAAUUAAUAGCCCUCUGCCUAAUGUAGCUACAUAUAUAAGGUUCUGUCCUGUGCCUGAAGCCUCACUGUCCAGAGUUAUUGGUCCUCAGAUGCUCCCUGCACCCUCACCGUGUACCCAGUGCUGUGCUGGAUGGAAGAUACAAAGGACAAGACGUACUAGCUGGCCCUUAAGGAGCUUAUGUUCCAUUCCAUGAAAGGGAGCUCUUCUGGGAUGGUUGGCUUAUGAGGGAAACCAUCUUAGAAUGUGAAGGUCCUUUUGUUCACUUCUAAACCCACUUGGAUGGAGUCACUAUUCCAAAUUCUGCUCCACGAUAAACUGUCAUGGAGAAGUUUCUAUGUGUAGUUACCUUUGAGAACGCCAGCAAUUCAGUAUCACAGCAGGCAUUCAUGUACAUUUGAAAUGUUCACAGCAGCCUUUCAAUAUUGGGUGGCUCUUGGUAGACAGAACACUAUUAAGUAGCUGUAGGAAAUUAGAAUGAAAAUAGAAGCUCUGUCCUGCCCUCAAGGGGACCUUACGUUUAAUGAAAGACAUACCCAAGUAUGUGCAUGAACCAAAAUGCCAUGUCCCUUCAUACUUUAUACGCAACUUUGAAAUACAGUUCUUGUCAUAUGUGCUUAUAGGAUCAUAGGACUACCUAGCAUUCCUGGUGUGUGGUGAAUUUUACUGGCAGAACUGGUGGAGAAGCUGUAAGGGGAUUUCAUCAGUUGUUCCCAGUACGAUGUUCUCCAGAAUCGAGCCAGAUAUCCCCAUUCCACACAGGACCGGGUUUCUGGUCAUUGCACUGGCCCUGGCCCUUUCCUCCUGUGGUCCUGCCUCAGAGUUGGUGAUGCCCGUUAUCUUUUAAGAUAAUUUUGAUUUGUAAUUUCUGUCUCCCUGUAAAGGGGCACAAAGCCUUGAACACAUUUAUGGUCCCUAAAAUUGUGGGACCUCAAAGGAGAACUAUGAAGCUUUUUAAGGUUCAAAUUUACCUUUGUAGUCCCCAAAUGACCACAUUCCUCUUUGAAAAUUUAUUACUGUCAUGUCCCCGAGAAUGCAGGGGGAAAUUCCUCAGCAUAUGGGAACACCUAAACCAGGGAAGGUCACAGGAAAGAAGGAAUCGACAUGAAGGUGCUCUGCUCCCCAUAUUACAAAUCAAUUUGAGGUAGCUUUCUGGUGAGGUGUGUGUUUGGAAAAAGGGAUUUCAGGGCAGCUGAGCUCAAGGGUAAGGUUGCCUGGUGGCAGGACUGACACUAAGAGGCUGAAGCAAUCCUUGUGAGGAAACAGAUCAUGCAGUAACAUACAAAAACCAAGGACAUGUAUAUUUUUAUAUCUGUGUGGUUUUGAAACUUUAGUACUUAGAAUUUUGGCCUUCUGCACUACUCUUUUGCUCUUAUAAACAAUUUACCUUUAAAAAUGGAAAGGGACGGCAUUUACAUAUGUGUUCACUGCCUCAUUCCUGGUGAAGCAGCUGUUAGUUAUAUGCCUCUAAAACUAUGCUGUUUUCUCUGCUAAAGAGAGAAAAAAUAGUUGGACAAUAAGACUUGCCACUUAGUCUGCUUGGAAUAAAUUUAUGUAGCAGAAACUAUAUAAUGAAGGAAGAAAUGUAUGAAAAUUGCAAACCCCAACCUAUCUAUGGUGAUAUCUUUGCAGGAAAUAGAGGAAGGCAGUGAAAUGGCAGUGAGAGUAAAGGAGGCUUGAAGGAUUCAAGUAUAAGUAACGUUUUAUAUGAAGCAUAUUAGUUUAGGUCCCCAUAAUCUUAAAGAAUAUCAUAAAUAUCAUAAAGCAAAGUUCAUUGGUUUAGGAUUUUUAAAAAAUGUGUUGUACCUAAGGCCAUACUUACUCUUCUAUGCUAUCACUGCAAAGGCGUGAUAAGUAUGUAUUAUAUGAAAAAAAAAUCCUUAAUGCACUGUUAUCUCCUAAAUAUUUAGUAAAUUAAUACUAUUUAAUUUUUUUAAAGAUUUGUCUGUGUAGACACUAAAGGUAUUACACAAAAUCUGGACUGAAGAUGUCCUUUUUAACAACAAUUUAAAAUACUUUUUAUAUAUGUUAUGUAGUACAUGCUUUCUUAAACUGCAUAGUUUGUAUUUCCCAUAAUUCCUAUUUGUGAAGUGUGCUCGUCCUUGUCUCACUUCAGUCAUUCCCUGCAUGCAUCCCUCUUUAUGGCUAUAGAGAUGACUGUAUGCUCUCCACACUCUGCUGCGAGGUGUCGCUCAGGGCGCUGCACCCAGCGAGGCCCGCCCUGGGGGUGCAGGACAAGCCGCCGCUUUGGAGCCGAGUGUCCCCCGCUUUUGAGUUGUCCUGGCCCCCUCCUUGAAAUGACUGUUAAAACUAAAAUAAAUUACAUUGCAUUUAUUUUAUAUUCUUGGUUGUAAUAAAAAUUUAAUUGACUUUG